UCAACGUCAAGUUCAUUUUUGCAGCAGUGUCGAAAACAUCACUGACUAAAGCAGCGCCUGCUUUACGGCAGAGGUCGUGAGUGAACCGUGGGCCUGAAGAAGGUUAAAGUGACUCUGAUCGAAACGGACCAUGCCAUUCGUUGACCUCCAGACAAAGCUGGGCAUUAAUUUGGACCAGUGGCUCUUGGCCCAGAGCGGAGAGCAGCCACAGAAGCGGGCCGCUCGCUGUCAUGCCUUUGAGAAGGAGUGGAUUGAGUGUGCUCAUGGUUUAGGCCAGACUAGGGCCAAAAGAGAAUGCAAACUUGAGUUUGAAGACUUCUAUGAGUGCAUGCACCGCCAAAAGACACAAAAACGCUUGUUCGAGAUUCGUAAGCAGAGGGAUAAGUUGAUUAAGGAGGGAGCCUACACACCUCCUUCACACCACACAGGCAAUGAGGAGGCACGGCCGUGAAUUCAGCAACUCUGGAUAAAACUCAGUUUCAGCCCAGUCAUACUGUUGUACAGUUGCUCUCUCAAUUAUGUAAUAUAAAUAUUAUUGCUGUAUCAACAUUGUUUCAUGUUUGAGAAAUAAAUGUAUUGAUUCCAUGUUA